AUGUUUCAUCGUCCAGGGAGCAAUCAACAGCAACAGGACAAGUCCUUGAGCUUUAACAUCACACCUGAAAAUAUCCAACUUGACCUUACCUUAGGGAAGGAACGACCAGAAUGGGUAUUUUCCGCAUAUGGCCCGGGGAAAAAUGCACCUAGACAGCUCUUCGGAGGCCCGUCUCGAGAGCAGAGCUUCGAGGAAAUGCGAUUGCGACAUUACGAAGCCACGGCGGCUGGAAACCCCAACCAGGCUAUUCAAGAAGCGCAGAAGUUACAUGAUGAAACUAUAAACCAGAUUCAAAUCAUCCUCAAUGAUCUCAAUGGUGCCGUUAAAUACGUACUAGAUGGAGUGAAUGAACACCCAAAUCGCAUUGAUAUCGUGGAAGGUAAAUCGGGUGUUCCGUCAUCAUCCGCCAACCAGCCAGCCCCAGUCUCGUCGACUUCGGCUUUUGGACAACCAAGUGGUGGCAUUGGCGGUGCGACUCAAGCUGCACCUACUCCUGCUUUUGGACAGGCAUCAAUGCUUGGGCAGAAUCAGCCUGCUUUUGGAAAGCCUUCAGGCUUGGGAGCAUCCACAGCUGGCUCUGCAUUUGGUAAGCCAUCAAUGCUUGGAGCAGCGCAACCUACCUUUGGUAGGCCUGCAUUUGGUCAGCCGUCAUUCGGUCAGCCUGCCUUUGGGCAGCCUUCAGCAAUGGCAGGUUCCGCGUUUUCGAACGCUGCGGCUGGCCCGUCUCCUUUUUCUGCAACUCAACCAAAUCCAUUAGCGGCUGGUAAAUUCGGCCAACCUUCGACUUCUGCACCGUUUGGACAACCGGCCGCCAGCCAGGUGACAACGUCUCCAUUCUCCCAGAUUGGUAACCAAUCUGCAACAACAAGUGGAUUCGGCCAACCAUCUUCGACCGGUGCCACAUUCGGCCAGCCAUCUCAAGAUGUCUCACCAUUUGCACAACCGCAGCAAACACCAUCGCUCAAUCCAUUUGGCCAAACGGCAACUUCUUCGGCUACUCCGAGUGUCUUUGGCCAGCCUCCGGCGACUGCAGCAUCAGUCUCAACUACAGUUACACAGCCUCAAGUGAAUACUCCCGGAAAGGCACCAAUAGGACCCAGACCCAUCAUCAAAGUCGGGCUCGGGGAACUGAACCCAAUUCCCGAACUCGUGGGCGAUACCGUUCGAGAUCCAGGGACACAGAAAUUGAUAAGAUGGAAAGGGCGACCAGUACAGUACGAGGGCGGGACUCCGCGCUAUCUGCAUCCCCAUGAUAACAAAACCUGGGUCCGCAUUUUCUUCUACGAUGGGCCGCCGGAUCUCGCUACCCUCCGAGACUGCAGUGAGCAGGAUGAAAACUAUACGGCAGAAGUAACGGACCAAUACCAAUACUUUGUGCAAAAUGGAAUGUUCAAGGAUGGCAUUGUUCCGAGCGUACCGCCAAAGACAGAGUGGGUGUCCUUCGAUUUUUAG